UCUAUGUACUUUUUGACUUUUUCAAUCUCGCGAAUUGCACUCUUUAACUUCAUACCAAAAAAUAAAAGCAAAAAUUUCGGAGAAUUCUUUGAGAAUUAUCCAACUGUAAUUACAUUCUUUGUUGUAUUGUAACAAAGUUACACAAAAGAAAUUGUUAGAUCGAUUCAUUUAGGUUAUAAUUUAGGUUAUUUAGGUCGAAUUCAGAAACUAAACAAUGGCGGAAUUUGAUGAUUUGAUAAAGAAAAAUAUUUCUCGUCGGUAUUUAAUGAAAGAAGUUCUUGGUGAAGGUACCUAUGGUGUCGUCUACAAAGCCUACGAUACCCAGUUGAAUUAUAAUGUUGCAAUCAAGAAAAUUCGUCAUGGGAAGCGAAGGGAAGGUGUGAAUUUCACCGCAUUAAGAGAAAUCAAGUUAUUGAAAGAACUUGAUGAUCCAAACAUAAUUAAAAUGAUAGAUGUUUACUCUCAUAAGAGAAAUUUAUAUCUUGUAUUUGAGUUUAUGGAGAGUGAUCUUGAAGGUGUUCUUCGAGAUCCGAAUAUAAUACUAUCUCCUGCUGAUAUUAAAUCUUAUUUACAAAUGACACUCAAAGCACUUGCGUUUUGUCACAAGAAAUACAUCUUGCACAGAGAUAUGAAGCCAAACAAUUUGUUGCUAGCAGCGGAUGGACAACUUAAACUUGGAGAUUUUGGUUUAUCGCGUAUUUUUGGUGGUCCGGAGCGUAGGUUCACCCAUGCAGUUUUUGCUAGGUGGUACAGAGCACCUGAGCUCCUAUUUGGCGCAAAACGAUAUGGUCCUGCAGUUGAUAUCUGGGGUGCUGCUUGUAUCUUUGCAGAACUUAUGUUGAGAAGACCAUUUCUACCGGGUUCAAGUGACAUUGAUCAAUUAGGCAAAAUAUUUGCCGCCUUUGGGACCCCAAUGGCUAAUCAAUGGCCUGAUAUGGCGUGCCUUCCUGGUUAUGUGCAAUUCCAAUGUGUAUCAGCGCCUCCCAUACGUACAUUAUUCCCUAUGGCUAGUGAUGAUGCUUUGGAUUUGUUAUUAAAGAUGUUUGCUUAUGAUCCUAAAGCUCGGAUCACAGCACAACAAGCUUUGCAGCACAGAUACUUCACAUCACAACCGGCAGCAACGCCUCCGAAUUCGCUACCCCGACACCGAUACUCGAAGGUUCCGAAAUCUAAUCCAAAUGACGGACCUUGUGUGUUGUCUCCACCUAGAAAACAUAGAAGAGUAAAGAAGUGAUGAGGUGAAGAAGGAUCAAGAAAAUGUUGAUAAUGAUGAUCAUGUCACUGAGAGGAGGUUCUUGCUGGCACAAGAUAUGGCAACACACCAAUGUCCAUGGAUUUUUCCAAUAAUACUUUUUCAAAGUAUAGUUAUUUCUCAUUUUUCCAUAAUACUUUUUCAAAGUAUAGUUAUUUCUCAUUUUUUCCUUAUCUAUUGAAAUCUUUUUUUAAUCUGCAUAAUGAACUGUCAUGUUGCAUACGGGUUUAUGGAUAAAUGUAAACUGCUAUGUGACAUAUAAUUAUGUAUGAAAUUUAUUUGACAUUGCGGUUUAUGGAUAAA